AGUGGCAACAGGACUCUGUGUUCCAUCAUUUUGGACCACUACCAGGGACCAUCAAUAAUAAACUACGACGACGAGAAUGGCAAAACAUGUAUGCACAUUGCUGCUGCUGCAGGCUACAGUGAUAUUAUCAGUGAGCUGGCAAAAGUCCCGGAGUGCAACCUGCAGGCUCUUGAUGUGGAUGACAGGACACCUUUGCACUGGGCUGCAGCAGCAGGGAAAGCUGAAUGUGUGCAGACACUGCUAGAGCUGGGGAUAGACAGCAGCCCUCGAGACAUCAAUGAAAACACUCCUCUGACAUAUGCAAUGUACUGUGGGCACACAGCAUGCAUCAAGCUGCUGUCUCAGGAGAGCAGUAGAUCUGAGCCAUUUCAUCAGUUUCCCUCCCAGAACAGACUUCUAAAGAAAGAAGGACGAUUCAGUAUGCUGAACCACAUCUUCUCUUGCAAAAAGAAGAAAGAUGAUCAGAAAACCAGUCAUAAGGAGAGAAACAGAGACCGAUAUCCUAGAGAAGAGACUUCAGAAGUAGAUGACAUCAUCACCACUUUUGAUUGCAUUAUGGACACAAACUGCAAAGACAUUCCAGAUGAGCGUGUGACCACCGCUGACUUUAAAAGAAGGAGCACAGACAUAAAGUACCUCAUACCAGAAGAGAAGCAACAAGCGUGUCAGGGACUUCUGCCCAUCAGAACCCAGAGUCUCCCUCCAAUCACUGCAGGAAGUUCCUUCCUAACUGCUUCCCAGAGCACAACGUCAAGCUUCUUCUCCAGCACCAGCACCCACCAUUUUGCACACAAGUCUCAAAAGAGUAAGAGUGAACACAAUUUGCUGGACCACAGAAGCCACUGCAAGGCUUUGUUGGAUGAUCCCUGGAACACAGACCCUAACCAACUACUCUCCUAUAAAGUGUCUACUAGGACUCCUUCAGACAAACUGAUAAAUGGCUUAAACUCUGACAGAUCUCACCAUGUGUUUUUGUGCCCUCCCCGCCUUCCCUCACUUCUCAGUUCUCCAUCAGGUAAAAAUUUUCAACAGAUGUCUGUAGAUCAACCCAAAACAAAAAAUCUUAUACCUGUACGGAACAGCCUAGCUCCCAUAGCCAACCACUGUGCUCACACAAUUCAGCUACCAUCUCAGGGUGCUAAGAAGUUUAAGUCCCUGCCUUUAAAUUCCAUAAGGACUGGUGCAGUUAUUCUCCCACCAGCCCCAACGUCCAGAUCCCAGAAAAGGGGACAUUCUCAGAGUAAUUUGCUAUAUUCUUUCUUACCUGCUCUAUCAAGAGAGCCUCUGAAACCAAGCCUUGUCCUACCUGCUAUCCCAAGCCAGAAGAAAUCUAACCCUGCAGAAGAGCUUGAGACAUCUCUCACCAAACCAGAUGCUGAUAAUUAA